AUGUGUUUCCUGUUGGUAAAUUUGUUCAUUCCAUUGCUUUGGACAAUAGUUUUCAUUAAAAUUGGCAACUGUACCGGUCUCGAUACAAAACAAUCGCUAACGCCCCAUACAUUUCGCUUUCAAAAUCCCCAAGAGUGUCUCAGAAACGGGUUCUAUAACUUAAACUACUUUGACUGCUCACCAUGCAACGAGGCUGGAGACGGUGGAACCAACGAGUUGCAGCCCACUGAGGACAGGUUCUCCUGCCAAUGUCCUGUUGGACAUGUGUCGAUAUUUGAGAAGAUCAAACGUUGGCCCAUCUGCGAAGAGAUCUGCAGCAAUUCCACAAAGCCAUCUGAGAACUGUACAUUGACUUGGCCAAUCCAAUUGCCAGCUUGGCAGUGUAGUUACCAAUAUCUCAACACCACAGCGAUUUCUCAACAAGGAAUGGGAACUGCUCUCACAAAAACGAAUCCCGCCAGCAACAACAGCGAUUGUCAGAGCUGUAACACGGCUUACAAUUUUCGCUAUCAGGAUUAUUGCAUAGCCGCCUCCCUGAUGCGUCCAUAUUUGCAUUACAAUGCGUUUUGGCAGGUGACAACGAAUCCAAAACCCAACUCCAAUUCAAGGCUACACUUUGGGGAUCUUAAGUUUGUGGCAUUCUUUUGUCUGGCACUGAGGAAUGACAGUGCCUGCCAGCAGUUGGCGAACCUCUGCGUUCUCUCGCAUUAUUCAAUGGAGAAGCAUUCACCCUGCAGCGCAUUUCUGCUCACCCAGAUGUCGGAUGUGGUCAUGAAAUAUGCUCAUUCCGGCGACCAAUCACGUGCUCUGGAACCUUUUCUGUUCUACAAGAAGGGAAAAUCAACGAAAGAAUUGUUAACAACAACUCUUCAUUCGGCUAAUCAAUCAGAACUACAAAUAUUUAGCACUAAUUUUGAGCUCACGGGACGUCUAAAGCGCUGGGGACGCUUUAAACUUGGUCAAUUAAAUCUUUGUCCAGGUCAAAAGCCGCCUCAAAUGCGCUUGGGAAAACAUCAGCAGGAAAUCAACUGUCAGCUGAGUCUGGAGCAACUUAUAGAUGUGGCCAGCCAAGAGGCCAAUGAUAAUUUUCUGAGCCUGUAUCUAAACUUUAGCAGCAACUGGCAGUUCCUGCUGCAUCAGUUACCCGUCCUCAUCGAGACUCUCACGCCGGAGAAUCAGCGUCCACUGGUGGAGGAGUGGCAACUGGUCAAGCGCUUUCAGUUGAUCUCAGUCCAUCCCAGAGAUAAUCGUCAUUCUCAGACUUAUCCACGCUAUGAGGACAAACACAAGCUGCAACUCUAUCGAUCUCUGCGCUUCGUGGAGCACGUUCAAUUGGAGUACAGCAUUCAGGCAGGGAAUCUCAUCGGUUUACCAUUAUUGAGGCUUCGCUAUCGCCACAUUGAACUGACUGGAAAUGCAUCUUUAAAUCAACUCUAUCCAUUUCGGAUGACUGUGCACUUCGAACGCCUGCAACAGGGCGUGGCAGCUCAGCUACUCCUGGAGCUGGCGUUGCCGUUGCUCCUUCUAUUGGCUUCCAUUGCGGCUCUGAUGCGUCUGCAAAAUCUACGAAGACGUCGCCAGUCGGAGCUCUGUCAAAGCAGCAAUCUCUUGGAAUUGCUGCUCCAAUUGGCGGCGAAUGUGGCGUUGGCUUUAUUGGCCACGGCAUUGCUCCUACUGGCAAUCCAAGCCUUUAACCCACGUCAGCUCGCAGCGCUUAUUUAUCCAGCCUUUCUCCUGCAAUUGGUCUACUUGGCGGUGCAUCUAAGACGCGCCAGUCAGCUGGAGCUGUUCCUCAUCGACUGGGAGCGUCCACGAAGCAGCUGUGAGGGUCAGCGAUUGAAUAUGGACAGCACCUCGUUGUGUUCCAGCGUUCGCACCUAUGUGGCCGAGAGCAGUGUCUCCGCCUGGCGGGUGCUCUUCACAGCCAACGCCUGGAUACGCCUCAGUGCGGCACAAAGAUACUCGAGUUUGGUUCAAGCUGGAGUUGCUGUCGCUGCCCAUCGGCUGCUGGAACACUUUACGCAGUCCCCAACUGAGUUUGGUUAUAGCUGUUGCCUGAUCUCCAUAGUUUAUCUAAUCACAUAUCUCCUCCAAUUGCUCCUGGGUCGACUUUUUCAAGCGAAUCCUCUGCAGAAGUUCAUUGACCUCUGCAGUUUAGCCAACAUCUCGUUGUUUUCACUUCUGGAACCGAGCUAUGGUUAUUACAUUCAUGGACGUUCGCCUCAUGGCUUUGCUGAUACGGACAUGUCCUCGAUGGUCCUCCAGCUGCAGCGCGAGUCACAGAAUAUGUGUGGACGACGUGGGCUAUUAAUGGAUUCCGACAAGCAGGCCUAUAUAAUUCUGCCACCACGAAAUUUACGCAUCUACUUGGAGCGCUUGUUGCUGCCUUUUCAACGUAGCAGACAUGGCAGUCUAUCCCAGACUUUACUAUACCAGAAAGAUCUCCAGGUAUCCAGCAUUGACGGUCAGGUGGAACGCACCUCAAUUGCCUAUGCCAGUGUCAAUCGUUUCUUUUGUGCCUUCAUUGAUCACGCUAUCAAGGACAUGGACUAUAUUAUAAAGGAGAAAACUUUGGUGGAAAAACUAUUCAAUUGUGAAAUUGAGAAUUAUCUGACGGAAAAUAAGGGAACUUUUUAUAUAGAUGACGCCCUGAGCUUUAGCCGCGUUCUGUUGCUGGGCAAUCAUGUGGAUAUCUUUGUGCUGGAAAUACUUGUGCUUCUUUCAAUGUAUCUAUUUACCUCCAGUCUGCUCUUUGCCGUCGCCGUUGCCUGUGCCUUGAAUAUGAUAUUGCGUCACAUUUUUCGACUUUGGGUGCGUCGGAAUGUCUCUCGCAAGACAUUGAUUGAUGAGCGUUUUCUGCUUUAGCCCCGCAGCCAGUUGGAUGAACAAUAUAUGCGUGAGGAUGGGAUCUUUGACAUAUGAAUGUUGAACAAAUUGAUUUGAACAUAAAAUGUUGCCUUUUCUUUUAUUUAAAAAACCACUUGAUAGUA